AUGUCGAUAUCCUCACGACAGUCAACACUCGAUUCCUUCGUUCCCCUGACUGUCAGAGGCAGCACGAGGCGAGCUGGAACAGCAAGGCCCACAACCACGGCCACGAGUAUCGCCUCGCAGGACAUUGUCUGUGCUGUCAGUGAAUCACGGGGAGUUUCUUCCACAGUGGGACUCGCAUUCGUGAACCUAGCCACGGCUGAAGUUGUUCUCUGCCAGAUCUGCGACAGUCAAACUUAUGUCAAGACCAUUACCAAGAUUGGCGUCUUUGAACCGAGUGAGAUCCUGUUCAUGAACACCGCCAAGGAGUCCAAGCUACGCUACAUUAUCGAAGAGAAUCUGCCUGAGCCAAUCCUCACCUUUGUUGAUCGCAGGUGCUGGUCUGAUAAGGCUGGCCAUGAGUACCUUGAUCGUCUUGCGUUUCCAGAUGAGGUGGAUUCCCUCAAGGUGACGCUUGGCGGGAACUAUUUCGCAGCCUGCUCUUUUGCCGCGUCCCUCAAGUACAUUGAGCUGGAGCUCCAGCGUGUAUUCGCCUCUCACUCUCUGCGGAUCAAGUUCGAACCCUCACAAGGCUCCAUGACCAUCGACCUUGCCACGAUUGUUUCCCUCGAGCUCAUCCAGAAUCUUCACAAUACCAAGUCCAAGGAUAGCUUGUAUGGUUUGCUCAAUGAAACCACAACGCCGAUGGGAGCCAGACUACUCCGGGCCAACAUUCUCCAGCCUUCCACCGAGAGGGUCAAAUUGACUGCGAGAUACAAUGCGGUGGAGGACUUGUCCACAAAGGAAGACAUGUUCGUGUCCGUCCGCCAGGCUUUGAAGGGCUUCAUCGAUGCGGAUAAAGUUUUGACUUCGGUUAUUCUGGUACCUACCAAGAGGACCGUUCAGUACAUUGAACAGUCAGUCAACCAUGUGAUCAUGCUAAAGACGUACGUAUCGGCAAUCAAAAAGGUGUAUCAAGCACUAGGUGCAGCCCAAAGCGAGAUCCUGGCCACUAUUCGAGAGUUGUGUCACCCUGCAGGACAUCGCGCUGUCGAAGAGAUGAUCGAGAAAACGCUCAAUGAAAAUAUUACUUACCAAAGCAAGCCACUCGACCUACGUAAUCAACGCAUAUAUUGUGUAAAGGCCGGCGUCAGCAGCCUUUUGGAUGUCGCUAGGCAAACUUACAAGGAAGCCAACGCCGAUGCAGCAGAAUUGGUGUCAAAACUUGAAGAAACCUUCGAUCUAUCCUUGGAUCUCAAGUACGAUACUGCCCGCCAAUACUACAUCUGCAUUCCAACAGGCCAUCCAGAGCCACUGCCGGAAAUCUUCAUCAACGUCUACCGCAAGAAGAACCGGAUCGAGUGCCAGACUCUAGACUUGGUCAAACUAAACCAGAAGAUCACCGAUGCCCACAAUGAAGUGAUCAGCAUGAGCGACCAGACCGUCCAAGGGCUACUCCACGAUGUAUGUACCGAGGUUGCAGGGCUUUUUCGCAUCAGCGAGGCCAUCGCAAUGCUAGACAUGCUAUCAGCAUUUGCACAACUGGCAACGAGCCACGACUACAUCCGUCCGGAGCUAAUGGCUACCCUGACCAUCAAGGCUGGACGGCAUCCUAUCCGGGAACGCAUCCAUUCCAGCAAAUUCAUCCCCAACGACGCCUGCGCCACGCCACAAACUCGAUUCCAAAUCAUCACCGGAUGCAACAUGAGCGGCAAAUCCACAUACAUCCGAUCCCUCGCCCUGAUGACCGUAAUGGCGCAGAUUGGCUGUUUCGUGCCCGCGCAGUACGCCUCAUUCCCACUCGUGCACCAACUGUUCGCGCGUGUAGCCACCAGCGACGAUCUAGACGCUAACGUCUCUACUUUCGCCGCAGAAAUGCGAGAGAUGGCAUUUAUCUUGCGCCAUGUGCAGCCACGAGCGAUGGUCCUAGUUGACGAACUCGGACGCGGCACUAGUACAACCGAUGGUCUCGCAAUCGCCGUUGCCCUGGCCGAAGCUCUUCUCGCCAGCAAUGCCCUGGUAUGGUUUGCCACGCAUUUUCAUGAUCUCGCGCGCAUCUUAUCUGAAAGAUCUGGUGUCAUCAAUCUGCAUUUAGCAGCCGACAUCACUCCUUAUGCAAACAAGAUGACAAUGCUCUACCAGAUCGCGGAAGGACCCGUUCCGGACCGUCGAUAUGGCCUUGAGCUGGCGAAGCUAGUCGACCUCCCACCUGCAGUUUUGGAGGUUGCCAGGAACGUCUCCGAGCGCAUGGACAGGCUUAUGCAGCGUCGGAACAGCACUUCGCGCGCCGUGGUCAUAGCCCGGAAGCGGAAGUUACUUCUCACUUUGCGAGAAGAGCUUGUACUUGCUCGAACUAGCACGAUGGAUAGCGCAUCUCUCCGUCAGCAUCUUGUCAAGCUUCAGAAUGACUUUGCAUUGCGUAUGGCUGCUGUCGACCAGGAGGUCAAUUUGGGGAGUGGUGCUGAUGCUGAGAUAUUGGAGGGACAAGAAGAGGGGGUGAGAAGGAUUCUCAGGUGGAUUCCACUGCUCCUUCUUGCCGCGCAGAUCGUGCAUCUGAGGGCAUUUCGUCUCGAACACCUUUACCUUCAGAUUCUCUACUAG